CAUGUCGGCUGCCCUGCGCGCUCCCGCCCUCCUGCUACCGGUGCUGGUGGCCGUCCUGGACCCGGCGCCGGCACACGCCUCCCCGGCGCCUCGCCAGAUCGCCCCGGUGCAGUUCCGCUGCGAAACCGGCGCCGUCUGGAUGGAGGACUGCAACGAGUGCCGCUGCCAGAGCGGCAACCACGUGGUGUGCGCGCACCUGGCCUGCCUGCGCGACGGCGGCCGGGACGCGGCCGAGGCGGCCGGCGAGCCCAACACCGUCUGCUACCAGGGCGCCUGCGCGGCCGGCUGCGACACGCGGGUGGACGACGGCGGCUGCCACAUCUGCGACUGCGAUCCGGGCGGCGGCGACGCCCGCAAGUCGUGA